UUCAUUCUUGUCACGCCACGUAUGACAGAAAUUUAUUUCCAAAAUGAAUUGUUUCGUUAUCUUUGUCUCUGUCGCCCUUUCGGUUUCAACGACAGUUUUCGCUCAGCCUUUGAACGAAGAUGAAAUAAGGGAAAACGCAAGAAAAGUAAUGAUGGACUGUAAAGACAAGGUUGGAGCUUCGGAUGCAGAUGUGGAAGCACUAAAAAUGCACAAAAUGCCCGAGUCUCAUGAAGGUUUCUGCAUGCUCGAAUGUGUCUUUGACAGCGCAAAAAUAAUGCAAGAUGGAAAGUUCAGUAAAAGUGGGAUGGUAGAAGGCUUCAAACCACUUAUAGGCGAUGACAAGGCAAAACUGGAAAGUCUCGAAAAACUAUCGGCUACUUGUGAAGGCGAAUUGGGAAAUGGCGAAGACAAAUGCGAAACUGCCAAACGCUUGGUCGAAUGUGUCAUCAAAAAUGGGAAAUCUCACGGUUUUGAAAUACCCUCGCCUCGUGAAUAA